UUCCUGUCAGCUACGGAACGCAACAAGGGACACGUUCAACCAAAAAAGAGCGCGGUUUGAAAUUCUUUCGUGUUUUAUAUAGUAUAUUCAGUUGUUUUCAUGUCUGAUUUCCUCUUCUUAUCGUUCCGUUCUAAAGUUAAACGUCAUUUCAGGAUAAAGUGAAUUAAUGUGAGGUCGAUGAAACAAAUAAACAUGUUAGCAAGCUAACCGCUACUCUACAGGCAGGCUAUUAUAUUGGGCUAAAAAAGUGAUUUGAAAAAGAUAUAUAAUUACAGAUGACAUCAUUAUUAACAAAAUACACAUAAAUUGUGUGUUUAUUUCGUGUAAACUCGUACCAAGGAGAAUAUUUUUGUUGCUGUUUUUGCCCUCACCAAAAUGGCGGCGGUUGGCGCUGUGAGAAUGCGGAAGUGAUGUACGGAAAGUGAGCAGGCACACACAGGAUGGAAGCGCGUUUGGAAAUUUGACUCUGUGUUUUUCCCAGUAGACUGCAGUCUGUUUACACAGAUGAAAUGUUUGAGUUUUAGGGCAGUUCUGAGAAGUGCAGUUAUAUUGUCAUGAUGCUCAGGACCGUGUCCAGUUCUCCUCUGGCUCCUUCUGUGAAGGUCAAGCUAAUCACAGCUGGCUUUCAUACAGCUGCAGACCUGACAGAUGUGCAGCCGCUCCAGCUGUGUAAAGCAGCAGGAAUAUCUCAGGAGGAUGCAGAUGAAGUGUUACGGACGCUACGUGACGAGGCCUCACCCCUCCACCAGGGGGCAGCGGUGCAGAGCGUCACUGCGUUGGAUCUCCUGCACCAGGAGGAGGCGCGGGGCAACAUCGUGACCUUCUGCUCCGAGCUGGACUCCGUGCUUGGAGGCGGGGUUCCUGUGGGGAGGACCAUGGAAAUCUGCGGCGUUCCGGGCAUCGGAAAAACCCAGCUGUGUGUGCAGCUGGCUGUAGAUGUGCAGAUCCCCGUGUGUUUUGGAGGACUGGGUGGUGAAGCCGUGUUCAUCGACACCGAGGGUGGGUUUGUCGUGCAGCGGCUGGUGGCCGUGGCCAAGGCUGCGGUGGAGCACUGUGUCGCUCUGGCCGAGGACGAAGAGCAGCGGAAAGCCUUGGAGAGCUUCACCGUAGAGAAGAUCCUCUCUGGCGUGUUCCUCGUGCGCUGUCAGGAUCACGUGGAGCUGCUCGCCGAGCUUCACCUGCUGCAUGAUUUCCUGAGGAAACGCCCACAGGUGCGGCUGGUGGUGAUAGACAGCGUGGCGUCCCCCUUCAGACACUGUCUGGAGGACCUCUCACACAGGACACGCCUCCUCACCGGCCUCGCGCUGCGGCUCGCGCGGAUAUCAGCUCAGCACACCGCCACGGUGGUGCUGACCAAUCAGAUGACGACUAGAGUCUGGAGCGGCCAAUCCCGUCUCGUCCCCGCUCUGGGUGAGAUUUGGGGUCACACAGCAUCACAGAGACUCAUCCUGCACUGGGAAGGAACACAAAGGUUUGCGUCUCUGUACAAAUCAUCGAGCCACAGAGACGCUAGCGCUUCCUACCUCAUCACGGCUGAAGGAUUCAGAGACGUGAGUGUUUCGGCGUCUUCUGUCCCGUCUCCCAGUCCUGCAGCAGGAAGCCACAGCAAACGUCCUCGCACUGAACACCAGCACAGUUAAUUUCUCUCUCUCUCUCUCUCUCUCUCCCUCUCUCUCUCACACACACACACACUGUUUGCACAGGAAGAACUGGUCUCCAGUCAGUGUUCCUGAGCUGCACAUCCUGUGUGUCAGAAUAAAUCUGAGUGUUGUAUCAUUAAUAGUAAUAAUUCACGUCAGCCUCACUGCUGAUCUGUAAACACAUCUAUUAAAGCAUCA